GGCAUCCGCGCGGGGGUCGCCGUGUCCGCGCUGCUGUGCUCUGCUCCUGGGCCCGGGACAGGGCUGGUGGCAACAUGACGAGCGAGGUGAUCGAGGAUGAGCAGCAGUUCUACUCAAAGGCCAAGAGCUACUGGAAGCAGAUCCCCGCCACGGUGGACGGCAUGCUGGGGGGCUACGGCCACAUCUCCAGCAUCGACAUCAACAGUUCGCGCAAGUUCCUGCAGAGGUUUCUGAGGGAUGGCCCGAACAAGACGGGGACGUCCUACGCCCUGGACUGCGGCGCUGGCAUUGGCCGGAUCACCAAGCGGCUGCUGCUGCCGCUCUUCCGCGUGGUGGACAUGGUGGAUGUGACGGAGGACUUCCUGGCCAAGGCCAAAACCUACCUGGGGGAGGAGGGCAGGCGUGUGCGCAACUACUUCUGCUGUGGCCUGCAGGACUUCAGCCCCGAGCCUGGCUCCUAUGACGUCAUCUGGAUCCAGUGGGUCAUAGGACACCUGACAGACCAGCACCUGGCCGAGUUCCUGCAGCGCUGCCAGCGCGGCCUGCGCCCCAACGGCAUCAUCGUCAUCAAGGACAACAUGGCGCAAGAGGGCGUGGUCCUGGACGACGUGGACAGCAGUGUGUGUCGGGACCUGGACGUGGUGCGCGGCGUCAUUCGCAGCGCGGGACUCAGCCUGCUGGCUGAGGAGAGACAGGAGAACCUGCCGGACGAAAUCUACCACGUGUACAGCUUUGCCCUGAGAUGAGCCGGGGCGGCAGGGCCCAUGGGACCGGAGCCAGGGUGGGGUGCUGGCAGCUGGCCCAGAGCCCGGCUCCACAUGGCCAACAACAGAUGGUGGCUUGUGCGUGUGGAGGCCACUAAAUACAGCUGUCUGCGUCCACUCCCGACACAGGCUCUUCUUCCCUGGGUAUGUGGGCCCGACCCAAGUGGGGUGGGCAGUGCAGCGCUCCCCACCUGGGAACCUGCUGAUUGUGCCAGAGGCCCAGGUCCCCCAGAGCCGUGUCUUAAGCAGGGGAGGACGUUGUCACCCUGGGCAGAAGAGCUGGACCAGUGGUCCAUGUCUGCAGUCCCAGCCCUGCAUGGUGAGAGGUGACUACCUCCCCUGCCUGUGGGGGUUCCUCCUUUGCAGGGAUGGGGUGCCCCAGGUGCUACCUCCUCACCCCUACCCCAUGGCUGCUGAGACCUCUCUUGUUGAACUUGGAGAGGGGCAGAGAUGUUAAUGCAAGAAUCCUUAAGGCCAAGAGGUUGCAUUUAAUUUUAUGAUAUAAAUAAAGCAUCGUGACUUCAGCCUGUUCUGAAGGCGUCGCGGAGCUGUAGUGACCCGUGUGACUC